GAACUCUGCCACCGAAACGGCAGUCUACCAUUCAAAAUACGAACAGCGUGUAGCUGCUGCCGCCUUCAACCUAUAUAAAUAUUCCCAUAUACCCCUCUUCCGGUCCCAAGUUUAUAUGAUCUUUAGCCAACUUUAUAACUUCUAGCAAUAAUUCCCAUAUAGAGACCAUGGCUACCACUGAGGUGAUCACUGAGACCACCACCACCACCGAUUACGGCAAGACCAUGCCGGAAUCCGGUUACGUUCCUCCCAGCUCUCCCCCCAACUUCUUCGUUGUGGACUUCGCCCUAAGGCUUCUCCUUCUGGCGUCGACGGUGUCUUCGCUUGUGGUGCUGGUUACAAGCAAGCAAACCAGAACCUUGCCCGCCAACUUUGCCCCACCAUUUUCAUUUGUCACCCGUGAUGCCUACUUCAAAGAUUCUCCAGCCUUGAUAUACCUAUUGGUGGCGCUUUCAGUUGCUGGUUUGUACAGCAUCAUCACAAUCCUUGCUUCCGGCUUUGCCAUCUCACGCCCCUCUCCAUCAACAAAGCUGUUGUUCCAUUUAAUUGUCUUUGAUGCAUUGAUGGCAGCAAUUUUGGCUUCAGCCACAGGUACUGCAGGAUCGGUCGCAUACAUUGGUUUGAAGGGAAACUCUCAUGUUGGAUGGACCAAGAUUUGCAAUGUCUAUGGAAAAUUUUGCAGGCACAUUGGGGCCUCAGCAGCCGUCGCUCUCGUGGCAUCAAUCGUCCUAGUCUUACUCGUCGUGCUCUCAUCGUACUCGCUCUACCGUCGAAGCCAUUGAUCACAAGCUUUAAAUCCAUAGGCCUCAUAGUUAUCCCCUCCUUGGCAUGUAAAAUGGUGUGCAGAGUUAUGCUUGCUUCCUAAUUUGUAAGAUAUGUGUGUGUUGUGUAGUCUUGAAUCUUGUUGUGUAAUUGUUGUUGUUUCAUCUCUUUGAUUGUAAUCUGAUUGAAAACUACUUCUAUAAUUUAAUGGACCCUUUUGUGGUUGUGUUGAA